AUGACACAGAGGCCAAACGCUAUGCACAGGUACAGCGGUAGCUUCUCUCUGAGCGGCUUCCUCGAGGAUGGCUCCGAGGUUGCACGUGAACAGCGCCACGAGCAUCGGCAGGCCGGCGAGCGCGGUGGUGAUCAGCAGGUGCUGCGCCGUGGACAGCUCCGGGAUCUCGUGGCGGUGGUAGACCUCGAGCAGGUCGCGCACGACCGCGCGCACCACGUACAGCUCGAGCGGGUACGUGGUGAGCAUGUUGAGGCCGAAACAGAGCCGCGCGACGUUGACGACCCAGUCGUCCGCGGGGAAAUUGUUGAGCACGUUUCCCUUGGUCUUGGGCCCGAACGCGAGGUAGCCCGAGACGCCCAUGACGCCGCACACGACGCCGGAGAGCGCGCACGCGACGUGGGUCACGCGGUUGAAGCGGUCGAGCGUGGGCUUUCUGAUCGAGUCGUAGAUGAACGUGGUGUUGUGGUGGCACACGAGCGCAAACGAGAUCACGCUGAUGCUCUGGAAAAUGCCCGGCUCGAAGAACCAGCCCGCCCCAGACACCUGGCCCCGAACGUCCGCCGGCAUGGCCGGCCCGCGGAACACCACGAUCAGCAGGAUCACAGACAUGCUGACGAGCGCAAUGCCGCUGGCCUUGGCGAGCCGGCCGAUGUCCUUCGUCAGCGACAGCGGGAACGAGAUGCCCAUGAUGCACAGCACGAUCAGCGUGUUCCUGGCGAGCAGGAAGUCCGCCACCUUGGACCCCUGCACCUGGCGCGCAAACACAGACCUGAGAACGUGCGGGAUGGUGUCGCCGAUGAUCACGGCAAACCCGACGUUGCCGCCAAACCCAAACAGACCCUGAGCCAGCAGGAUCGCGGUCUUGCCCACGUCGCCGAACGCAUGGCUCACAAAGCCGGUGUACGUCUUCGCUCCGGACAGCUUGGUGUUGACGAUGAUCAUGCGGAGCGUCCAGUCGUUGACGACGGCAAGCAGCACCAGCAGCACCAGCCCCGUCAACAGCCCAGCGUUGCGGAACGCCCGCGGUAUGCCCACGAUGCCUGCUCCCAGGAUCGAAUUGGACAUGUUGAAAAAGGCCGCCUGCAGGUCGCUUUUGCCGUGCUCUGUCACGAGAUGCUGCAGCGCGGCGUCCUCCUGGCCAGCCUCGUCCUCAAGUAG